AUGGCUAACUCGAAAUAUGAGUAUGUGAGGAAUUUCGAGCAAAGCGAUGUACUCUUGCCAAAUACCUGGAUCGUUAUACGGAUCGAUGGGCGUGGAUUUCAUAAACUCUCUGAUAAAUAUCAUUUUCAGAAGCCCAAUGAUCGCAGGGCACUAGAUUUAAUGAAUUCGGCUGCUCAAGCAGUUAUGAGGGACAUCCCCGAUUUAAUCAUGGCGUAUGGCGUUAGCGACGAAUUUAGCUUCGUUUUUCAUCCAAAUUGUCAGCUAUUUGAGCGAAGAAGCAGUAAACUAGUUUCGACCAUUGUGUCGACUUUUACGGCCCAUUAUGCCUUUAAAUGGAUAUCAUUUUUUCCAGAUACACCGUUGGAACCUACCUUUCUUCCAACAUUCGACGGGAGGGCAGUUCAAUACCCAAGUGUAAAGAAUCUAAGAGACUACAUGAGCUGGAGACAGGUUGAUUGCCACAUUAAUAAUCUUUAUAAUACUACGUUUUGGAACAUGGUGCAGAAAGGAGGUAUGAGCAAUCAGGAUGCAGAGCAGGAACUGAAGGGAACUGUUUCAUCCGAUAAGAAUGAGAUUCUCUUUUCGAGAUAUGGAAUCAAUUACAACAAUGAACUCGAAAUAUUCAAGAAAGGGAGUGUUUUAUUUCGUGACUACGAAUUGGAACAAGUCAAACGUACGCCAGCCUCUAUUGCUAACACGAACGAUGACAGGAAAUGGGAGAACGUAGAGUUGUCCAAGACACAGCUUGAGAAACACCAGAAACUGCGAAGGAAAGCCAAUGUUGCAAUAGCUCAUGUUGAUAUUAUUAAGGAUGAAUUUUGGGAACAGCGGCCAUGGUUAUUGUCGAACAUACCGGGCCGGCUUCCAAGCAACAAGUGA